AGAUUACCUACCAAACUUCCCUAUUCUCUUUUCCUUUACGUUUCAAUAUUGUAUUCCCCUAUGGCUAUAUAAACACACACGUACACAAUAUCACUCAUGUAUUACAUGUAUCUUUCAUGAGAAAAAUUGGCAAUAGCAAAAAACAGAGCAUUUUUAGCUACGAAACCUUGUUAGAAGACAAAAAUUGAGUCUUAUUCUUUGAUUCAAAGCAUGGAGAACAUGAAGAUCAACGAAGAUGGAAGCUUCUCGCAAAAGGGUGUCCCGAUUCAUAGCCAGGUUAGGAAGAUCAAGCAAGAAUCAGAGAAAGUUGUUGACUGGUCUCCUGGUCAGCCUGAGAUGAGGCCAGUUCUCCGGGAUAUUUCCCGGCAGAUUUCCCGGUCGCCGUUGGGGAUCUCCGGCAGACCAAUUUCAGUUGGUGAUUCAUAGGACAAGAAUAUGUUUUAGGAUUUUGGAUUUGGAUUAGUCUCUUGAUGAUGUAUGCAGAAUUGCAGAUUGAAGAGGGAGGAUUUGGAUGCUUCCCCUGCUCUCUGUUUACCCCUGUUUCUUAAUUACUACUAGAGAAUAUUAGCAAUAUUUUCUCAAUUUUUCGUCUUUUUUGUUUCUUUGUACAUAUAAAGUAAUAUUAGUACUAUUGGAUUCAUGUUUUUUUUUGAAGUGUUUGCCUUUUGAUUUUGUGUUUUGAUAUGUUCUCUCAAGGCUUGGGGAAUUGGUCUUUCAAGGCUUGUCAAUUUUGAAUGGUUCAGUUGGAAAAAAAGGAAAAGAUAAUAGAAGGAGUUGUUGAACUAA